CUACGCAAAUGGCUAGAGAGAUUCAGAAAAUUUAUGAUGAUCCAAAUUGCCUACUUAGCUGGCCAAAAGUUUUAAUCAUAGAUAAAGGAACCAAAUAUAUAGCUGUAAAAAAAUCAUUAGAAGGUGAGAAAAUCUUUGCAGAUCCAGCU